AUGGGUGAUGAGAAGAGAACUUGCAAAAACAAUACAAGAAAUUCCGAAUAUAAUCAUAAUUAUUCCACCAAACAAGCUCAAAUUUCUCGAGAAGUGGACGCGUUGGGAGAGUUGAGCGGUGGAUUGAGACGAUUUCAUUUUUUGGUGUUGAUGAAUGAAUCUCCAAUUGAUGAUUUAGUGGAUAUUUUUCCUUUAGCAUUUGUCCAUAGGACCAUCGGAGAGAAGAUUUUGAAUAACAGAUAUUUGUGGAAUGAUGAUAUCACCCUUGAUCUCUCUGCCUUUACAAAUUCCGAUCGAUUGUUUAAGUAUUUAAACAGAAUGAAUCAUAGCUUGUCUGAUGAGAAUUUAUUUACCUAUGCUGAACGAGAGAAAUUGAAGAUAACCAUUGACUUUUUAGAAGCACUUGGAUUAGCGGAGCACAUUAAAAAGCUCAAAACUUUCCCUUCAGUUACCAAUUUAGUGUAUUGCAGUAGCUUCAAUAAGGGAAAUAGAUAUGAACCUUUAAAUAUUUCGAACCAAUCUGCUUGGAAAAAUCUAGAACACGUCAGCGUGUAUUUUGAUAGUGAUGCAUUAAUGUCAUUUAUCAAAACUCACAACACCAUUUCUUCAUUUUCAUUUUCUCCCAAAUUUUCAGAUUCGAAUUUUCUUAAAACACUCACAACAGAUUUAUCUCUUCUGAGAAACAUACAAACAAUUGAUAUUGACUUUAAAUUCGAUCUUGAUCAAAUUGAAAAGUCUCCUCUUUUACCUAAGUUUCAGUCUCUAAUUGUUGAUCCAGUGAAAGAAUUGAAGGAAACGUUUAUUGAAACAACUUUUACUCAUUUGACAAAACUUGCUUUAGAAAAUACACAAACUGGUUCACUAACUCUGAAAAAUUUGACCUUUCCAAACCUGAAAGAACUAAAUAUUUCAUAUCCAUCUAGCACAAUGAACACAGUGCACGUUGAAAAUCUGAUCAUUCCUAAUUUAGAGAAAAUAACUUUGCAAUGUAUAUGCAUGAAUACAAGUGGGAAGAAUCAUUUUCCAAGCUUGAAGUCUCUCAAUUUUUUCCAUUGCAAAUAUGACAGCUCAUUUUGGAUCGAUAUACAGCGAUCUCUUACAACUAUUAUCCUUUAUGACAUUGAAUCUGGCGUCAUUUCAUCAAGUAAUAGGCAAGUGAUGAUUGAUGGACAUCCAUCUGUUGAAGUAGUUUUUUGCGGUAGCUUGGAGGACGUUUCAAUUUUCGAUUGUCCAUCUCUGAAAAAAGUUUAUAUUGAAAGAUGUAAGACUUGUACCCUUUGUAACAAACACUUUCACACUGUCUCAAUCCCUAGGUGUGAGGAAAAUGGACAAAUUUUUAUUGAGUGUGAUUAUUGUGGAAAAUUAAUUUUGCCAAAAGAAGCUGAGCUUGUCACAAUUGAUGUGAAAACAAUUUCAGUUCUUAAUUGCUACUAUUCCUCUGACCUUUCACGCUUCAUACCAAAAAAUAGUCACAAUAUGACACUCGAUUGGCUCGCAGAGCAUACAUAUAUCAUUGAAAAACAGCAAGUGAAACCUACAGAAAUCGACUCAAAGCCUUCCAAGUUAUUACAUUUGGCUACCAAAAUCGUCACUCAUUCACAAGAAUUCGAAUUAGGCUACACAUUGAAAAAAUAUCAGAAUUUACAAUCUUUAACUUCACCCUCUCAAUUGAACUUUUAUAACCAUAGCUACACCAGCUAUUCAUUGACUCACCUCGAGGCCCUCAUUUUGACCAGUUCCAAAGAGAUUGAUAUUAACAUGGAUCGAUUUUCAAGUUCACUAGAAGAGUUAUCAAUAACCUCAUCUACAGACGUGAAGAUCAUUGGACAAACUACAAUGACCCAUCUCAAGUUCUUUUACUUGGAGAAUGUGAAAAACCUUCAUAUUUACAUCAGACUAUCAGCCCCUAAACUGAGAGAAGUGAUUGUGCAUUCGAUUAGGAGCUUCGAUUCCAAUAAUAAUAGACGAGAACCCACUCUCCAGAUCAUCCAUGCACCCAAACUUUUGUUCAAUUAUGUAUCAUUUGGAUGUUCCUCUCAAAAUACAACAACAACAACUCCUCCCGACUCCAACCUUCCACCAAACACAGCAAUGGAUGCACCUUACAAUUAUCGUUGCAGUGUUCUUCGAUUUCCAUUCGCACAUAUAUAG